CACUCCGCCCACAGAGUCCCGGCGGCACCCGUCAGCACCCUGGACUCCCGAGGCAGCUGCCGACAGCCGAUUCCGCCACCUCUCCUCCCAGACAAGGUCCCCGCCUCUUUCCAGCCCAGAGGUUUCGGCACAGCGGAAGUCCUUCCGCCCCGACUCCGGCCGCGCGGAGGCCGUCCAACCGGAAGCUCCUCUGCCCCGACCGUCUGCGGGAAGCCGCCGGGGCCGCGCAGGCGCAGUGCGGCUCAGGCGGAGCUGUGGGAGGGGAGUAGGUCCGGGGGCCGGUCCCUGAAGAUGGCGGAGGCGGGGGUGAACUGGGGGUCUCCCGGCAGAGCUCAGGAUCGAUGAGGGAAUUCUUGGAGAAAGAGCAGAUUGAGUUUGACAGUUGGGACGCUGAUGCAGGCUGGUUUCAGUGUCGCAGGGAGGCUGACCACGGCACUGAUUUCUGGUAGGUACCACGUUCAGACAAGAUGUGGUACCUUUGAAACAUUGGUCUGCUUCAAUUUACAGUUCACCUUUUCCACUGGGAAGCCACUUUUUUUUUUUUUUUUUUUUUUUUUUUUUUACGGCCUAGGCCUACUGAACUUAUGAAACCAUGGCGGAAGGAGAGACGGAGUCAGCUCGGCCUAAAAAGUGUGGCCCAUACAUCUCCUCUGUCACCAGCCACAGCGUGAACGUGGUGAUCCGCGGGGUGGUACUCUUCUUCAUUGGAGUGUUCCUUGCAUUAGUGUUGAACUUGCUUCAGAUUCAGAGAAAUGUGACACUUUUUCCACCAGAUGUGAUCACGAGCAUCUUCUCGUCUGCCUGGUGGGUACCACCAUGCUGCGGCACGGCCUCAGCUGUGAUUGGGCUAUUGUACCCCUGCAUUGACAGGCAUCUAGGAGAGCCACAUAAAUUUAAGAGAGAGUGGUCCAGUGUCAUGCGCUGUGUGGCGGUGUUCGUGGGUAUAAAUCACGCCAGUGCUAAAGUAGACUUCGACAACAACUUCCAGUUUUCCCUCACACUGGCUGCACUGUCAGUAGGACUGUGGUGGACUUUUGACAGAUCUAGAAGUGGUUUUGGCCUUGGUGUUGGAAUUGCUUUCUUAGCAACCGUUGUCACCCAACUGUUAGUCUACAAUGGUGUUUAUCAAUACACAUCUCCAGAUUUUCUCUAUGUCCGUUCUUGGUUACCAUGUAUAUUUUUUGCUGGAGGCAUAACGAUGGGAAAUAUUGGUCGUCAACUGGCAAUGUAUGAAUGUAAAGUUAUUGCUGAAAAAUCUCAUCAAGAAUGAAGAAGACAGACAUCUUAGCUGUUCUGUGGAAGCCCUGAGAGAGCACUGUGGGCAUGAGUGCUUCACCAAUGGAACCUUGGACUGAAAAAUUGCGAGGACGCAGUUUACCCUUGAUUUUGUUUGUGUGUAUGUGUGCGUGUGUGUGUGUGUGUGUGUGUGUGUGUGUGUGUGUGUGUGAGACACACAUGUUUUUGCAGUCUGUGAUUGCUUCUGUAAAUCAGUUACCAACCUUUCGGUAUUUGAUUUCAAUAAAUGUAAGAUAUCUGUGCAUUAAAUGAAAGAUAUGUUUAUGAGUACAUGAAAUUUCUAAAUUUUUUGAACAUACCACAUAUUGUAUCAGAAUGUCGAUGUGCCAAACUGUGUUGUUAUUGACACAGAGAAUAAGAAUGCUUUGAACAAUUUCGAAAUUUAGUGAAAGAGAAAAAGAAAGCUAAAAACAAAGCAAACAGAAAGCAAAUGUGUAGCUGGCCGUUCCCUCUCACGGGCUGGUGUGCCUUUUCCUGUUCUUAUCAGCUGUGUUCAUCACAGCACCCACAUGUGUGUUGUCUCUGUUGCUAUCGUUUCAGAGUUUGAAUCUUACUAUAUGGUACCAGUGAACUUCCAUAGAAUGGUUUUAAGCCUACAUUACUGUAGGGACCCAAAGAAUACUUUCCAGGUUUCUCCGGAAGGAUGUGUGGUGGACAGAGGUGGUUAUCGGCAUCAGAAGGAUGUGUGCUGGACAGAGGUGGUUAUCGGCAUCACCCUGCUUUGAGUCUGCAUUUGGAAAAGAAUAAAUGGCUGAAGUUAGGGGACUUGGUCAGAUGAAUAUGCUUGGGAGUACUGUGUGGCCCUCUCUCUGCCACAGCAGCCAGAGUGCUAUUAGCUGUCAUUUGCUACUGAAGCCUGCUGCUGCAGUACAUGGAUGACGAAGGAACACCGGCAGAUCAAGGUGACAGGUCGUAACCUAUUGGAUUCUAGAAAGCAGGCCAUGUGACUGACCAGCUCUAGCAGGCCUGAGUGUGUGUCCUUCACCAGUGCAGCCUGAGGAUGCUGGAACCCAACUCCCUGUGUGCUGACGUCUAUUACAAGGUCCGUUCUUGGAGAGUGUAUGGAGAGCGUACUUCGCACGUCCCAUUAACAACACCUGCCAUGUACUUACAGCUGACUCUCCACUCGCUUUGCUUUUCUGAAGUUGUUAACUGUCUAGCACACAAGGGUAGAUUCUCCUGACUACUGUGGUGUGUGUGUGCUUCUGUUUUGAGUGGGUGAGAGAAACUGUAUACCUGUGUCUGUGCGCAUGUGCCCAUGUUUUCCUACAGUGUCAAGUAGACAUUUUAAUUUCUUUUGAAGCAAUGCUGUCAGACUGAAAUCUUGUACACUGGAGUGUAAUGUGCUUGGUGUUCUCAGGCGGAGAGUGUGAAUAUCCAGGAGUCCUCAUAGGGAAUAUGUGUACACAAGCCUAAUGGGAGUAGUGGCGACCACACUACUAUAUUUAUUAUCCUGUCUUUCAGAUGUUAUUCAUUUAGAACAAAUAAGGUAUAUUUUUAGAAUCAAAUUUGUAAACACUAUAAAAUCUUUAAUAAGUUAUAAGGUCUAUAAUAUGUUUACUUUGAAAAUUGCUGUUGAAAGCAAGAUGUAUUAAAUAUGUAAUUAUCACCA